CAAACUAUUGGUGAAAAAGUAGCAAGAGGAAAGGCUGUAUUUACGAAUAAAUCAUCAAUUUCUAUCACAAAGAAGUAAAAAGUUAUAAUAGCAUAAGAAGAGGUUUGUGGUCCAGCCUAUUCAGAUGACACAGUACCAUGUUAACAUUGCAAAGGCAACAGUCUUUGAAGAACAACUCUCUGCAGAACAGGCUUUCAAUUUAGGAUCAAAUGAAACAAUGUGAAAAGAAACAUUCAGAAUCUCACAGUUUUUUCUUUCAGCACAAACUUUUAGAAAAAUUUAUUUUGAGUAUGUUAUGGAAACCAUCUGGGUCUUUAUCAACUCACAUCUGAACUAAAACCUGUGCUAUUGUAGCAGCGGACUCAGUAAAAGUACAAUAUACAAAGUCGGGUGUUUCACAACUAUCAACAAGGUCAGAUAACAUAAAGAGGAUGAUGUAACAUAUCUUAAGAUAGUUAAAGAUCUUGUUAUGUAUAUUAUGAUUGAAGAAGUAAUUGACACAGGGACUAGUAUUACUGCAAACAUCCAGUAACAAUAACAAAGAACUUUAGAAAGAAGGGAAAUACUGACAAUUGACGAAUGAAAAGAAGAUAUAUCUAGGAAACGAAGAAAUAUAUUCUAUGGUGACAAAAAGAGCAGAUUGUCUACACCUGACUAUACAGUAGAACAUCAAAUAAAAUGGAUUCUAAUUUGACGACUUUACUUCCAUCGGUAUCUUCUGAAACUCCAUCAUGGACUUUUCCCCGUGAGUCAGCAAUUGUUGCUGGUACAAUAUCCAGCAUUAUGGCUAUUUUAGGCACCAUCGGGAACUCUUUGACGAUUGCAGCAGUGUUUAAAUCAAAACGUAAAAUUGCAGCCACUGGUGCAUUCAUCCUUAAUGUGGCCAUAGGCGAUCUGGCUUACUGUUGUUUCUGUCUCCCCUUCACUGCGGUCUAUCAUUUCCACGGAUUCAUCCUAGGCACCAUGUUCUGCAAAAUGUUCAGCUAUAUCAAAUUCACGAUACUUGGGGCAGAAAUCUUUGGUAUUGCUUUGAUGGCUCUAAAUAGGUUUUUUUUUAUUGUGAGACAUGAGACGUAUGUUGUGAUGUACACACCAAGGGGAACAACAUUGAUGAUAUCAGUCUCGUGGUUAUUCUACGCUAUAUUGAACCUCUUUCCUUUGUCAGGAGUAUGGGGACGUUUUGGAUGGGAAAACAGGGUAAAUGCAUGCUCCCUCAUACGUAAUGAUUCGUCAGGAUUUAAUAUAUUCCUGAUGCUGUUUAGCUUCAUUGUGCCCUGCAUCACAAUGAUUGUCUGUUAUCUCUGGAUUUACGCAACUGUACAUACAACAAAUAACAAGCUCCGGAAGCACAGUACGGAUCUUUCACUUUUGUCCUCUCACUUAAGGAAACGUCGCGAUGAGGUUAAAGUGACAAAAAUGAUGGCUGUUAUAUUUAUAUUAUUUCUGGUGUGUUAUGCUCCAUAUAUUAUGACAACAGCUUUUGACCGCGAAGUGACGAUCCCAAAGUUACAUGUCGCAGUAAUGUUAAUAGGGAGCUCUAACUAUUGUAUCAAUCCUCUAGUGUACUGGCUGAUGAACCGACCACUAAGAAUUGCCUAUAACAGCUUAUUUCCCUGCACACGUAAUCGAACAAGAAUUAAGAUCCUGCAAGCCGCACCAAGCAGGUCACAGGCUAAUGAGGACAUUCCUGAUAUCAGCGUAUAUAACAUACAACAAAGGCCUAAAGCACUCGAAGCAAGAAAAGAAUUCACAAAUAAGUCAAUGCUGGCCUUAGCCAAACAGCCCUCUGGUGAUUGUAGAUAAUUUUUAGUUUUAAUACUUAAGGAGAAUCUUAACAAUCUCAAAUGUAAUUUUCAUGAUAUUUUAUGAGUUUGAAAGUGAAAUCUUUUAGAUAUUGAUAUGUGGCAUUAUGAUUGUUAACUGGAUAGUUACCAGUUUCACCAUCAUUGGCUACUAGGGUCAGAAAACAGGCAACUAAACUUAAAUAAUUAAUAGAUUUUGGAUCAGUUCUUAAUGGCAUUUCUUGAUGUAAUUUAGUCUGUCAAUUUCAAAUAUGAUAUGACUUUGACAAAAUUUUGAACAUUUCAUGAUUAUAAAGAUUAUUUUUACUGAAUUUAGUCUGUGAAAUAUCUUGUAUUGUAAUGGUUUUACUAAUGACGAUCGAUUUUAUUUGUUUUUCUUGCAUUGUAAAUAUUCUUGAAUAUAACAAUAAAACAAUAGGCCGAAAUAAAAUUGUGAAUAGCU